GUAGUCUUUGAAAAAAGAAGGAACAAAAGGAGACAAAGAAAAUGGAAAUGGGGAGAACAAGAAUUAGAAGAAGUGGACGAGAUAAGAUACCUAGGGUACAUACUACAGAAAAACGGCAGUGAUGAGAAGCACAUACAAGACAGGAAAAAGAGAGCAGCAAUAGCAAUGAAGAAAACAUGGAGUGUGGGAGAAAGAAUAUUCAAACAGGACUACAAAAGGAGAAUGAAGAUGUUUGGAGCACUGGUAGAGAGCGUGGCGCUGUUUGGAGCAGAGGUAUGGAGCUGGAACAUGGAAGAAGGACUGGAUAGAGUACAAAGAAGAUAUGUGAAAUGGAUAUUAGGCUUAGAUAUGCCAACACCAAAUUAUAUAUUAGAGGAAUGCAAGAUAAUAGAAAUAAAAGAAAAAGCAUUAAAAAGAGCAGCAAGGUAUGAAGAGAAAGCCCUAGAAUCAAAAAAGGAAUUAUAAAUUAUAAAGUAAAGGAGUGUAUAAAGGAAAAAGAGAGAAACUGGGGAAAUGGUCAUGAAGGGAAAAGGGCAAGAAAGAGAAAGAAGGGACUGGAAGAGGUGAGAAAGGGAAGGACACAGAUAGAAGCAGGAGAGGAACAAGAAAGGAUGACAGCAGAUCAAAUUAUAGAAGAAAGAAGAAAGAAAGACGCAGAAGAGAGGGGGAAAAUGAUAAGGGAAUCCAAGUAUAAUAUACACUACAGAAAUAUAGCCAAAGAAAAAUUACCAAAGUACUUGGAAGGAAGGAUGAAGUGGAAGAACAGAAGAAUACUGGCAAGAUUCAGAUGUGGAAACGAGACCAAAGCAAGGGAAUACUGGAAAAAGAGGGAGAAAAAAGAUGCAGUCUAUGUAGAAGGAAAGAAGACCUGAGACAUGUAAUAGAAGAAUGUGAAAUAACGGGAGGACCAAAGGACAUAGGAAAACGCUAAAUGAGACUGGAGAAGGUUUAACAGAACUGAAAGCAAUAAUAGAGAAGAGAAGGGCAAACGACAGGAAGGAUGUACAGCAAGGAGGCUAAAGACCAAAGUUGCAAUAGUUUUUAAUCAUUAGUUGCUAAUUUGUAGUUUCUAGUUUUAGUUUUUAGAGAUAGAAUAAGUAAGGUAGUGGAAUAGAAUAGAGUGGAAAAGAGGGGAGGUAGACAUAUAA